CAUGGCAAAUCCAAAAUGGUGGCCAAUCCAAGAUGGCGGCCAAUCCAAGAUGGCGGCCAAUCCAAAAUGGCGGCCCCUGUAGGCCGAGGCCUUCCAGGCCCGCUUUCCUCCCAGGAGAAGGAGAAGCCGCGGCUGCCAGCUGAGUCUGGCUCUGGGGAGCUCUGGGGUCUCCAUGUGCCAGCCCCGGUGCUGAGCGACCGUCCCUUUGGCACCUCGAUGUCCCCCAGGGCCCCACGCUGCCUGUCCCCGCCAAGCUGUGACCCCAGGGCCCCCUCCCGCCCUCCCUGCGAUUCCUGGGUUUCCGUCCAUCCUCCUCCUCCCCCUGUUCCUCUGCUGUUUGCAGAUCGACCCAUGAAGGCCAGGGAGGGAUGGAAGAUUUCCUUCAAGAAGCUCCUCACCAUCCUCCUCCUCUCCGGCGCCAUCUUCGGCCUCAUCAUCUCCCUCCGUCCGUUCAGGACUUUGGAGCCGAAGCAUCGCUACCCCGUUCCCUCCGCCCAGAAAUUCCUGAGCUGCGGGAACGCCAGCACCCCGCCCAGGGGUGGCCGCGGCCUGUCCAUCCUGCUCUGGAUGUGGCCCUUCGGCUUCCACUUCAACUUCACCGACUGCUCGGAGCUCCUCAGCUGCCCGGGCUGUCGCUGUCACUUCACCGUCCGCCGCAGCCACUGGUGCCAGGCGGACGCCGUGAUCCUGCACCACCGCGACGUGUGCCGGGACCGGGAGCGCCUGGCGCGGCUGCCCCGGCUCCCCACCCAGUCCUGGAUCUGGCUCAACAUGGAGUCUCCGAGCCACUCCUCAAACCUGAGCGACAUGAACGACCUCUUCAACCUGACCAUGUCCUACCGGCGGGACUCGGACAUCUUCGUGCCCUACGGGGAGCUGCAGCUCCUGAGGCAGCCCCAGCCCGUCACCAUCCCGCAGAAAUCCAAACUGGUGGCCUGGGUGGUCAGCAACUGGCGGGAGGAAUCGCGCCGGGUCAGGUACUACCAGGAGCUGAGGAAACACAUCCCCGUGGAUGUCUACGGCAAGAACCACACCCUGCUGGCCCACGACCAGCUCCUCGCCACCAUCUCCCAGUACACCUUCUACCUGGCCUUCGAGAACUCCCAGCACCAGGAUUACAUCACCGAGAAGCUCUGGAGGAACGCGCUGUCCUCCGGCGCCGUCCCCGUGGUGCUGGGGCCUCCUCGGGAGAACUACGAGCGCUUCCUGCCCCCCGACUCCUUCAUCCACGUCGACGACUUCGGCAGCGCCCGGGAGCUGGCGCGGUUCCUCUUGGAGCUGGCCUGGGACGCCGAGAGGUACCGGGGCUACUUCCAGUGGCGCCGGUGGUUCCAGCCGGUGCUGGGGACGGGCUGGGCCCUGCGGCUCUGCAGGGCCUGUCACUUCCUGCACACCACCGAGCCCCGGUACCGCGCCGUGCCCGACCUGGCCGCGUGGUUCGUGUAGCU